AUGGAGAAACCACAAAACGAAGCAGGAAUGAUGCAAGUUGUCAACGGGCCUUGCAAUCAGUUUGGCAACUAUGUCAUAACUGACUUGAAGCAGUUUUGCGCCGACAACAAUCUGGUCAUCCUCACUACGACUAAUCCGAACAUCCGAUACCGCAACAUCAAACCGUAUCCGUCCAGCAAAGUUGUGGCCCGAGUUGUUCCGCCAAAAAAGGUGAUCGCAAAAAGCAACCGCAGCAAAAUGAUUACUAGUGUGCCUUCUUCGUCUAAAGUGAUCCCUUCAAAUCCCAAAGUUCCAAAAGUUCCUGCUCCGUCGACUUCAGAUGAUACUAAAAUGACCCUGAAAGACGCAUCUUCAGAUUCCAAACGAAAGCGAGUCUUCUCAAAAGAACUCCGCUGCAUGCUGUACGGUUUUGGGGACCACCAGGACUCCUACACUGAAACGAUUGAUUUGGUUGAAGACCUUGUUAUGAAGUUCCUGACUGACGUCACAAUGCGCGCCUACAACUUUGGCGCCAAUGACCGCGUCUCCGUUCAAGAUCUAAUGUUCGUUUUGCGCAAGGAUGCUAAAAAGUUUUCUCGUCUGAAAGAGCUCAUGGAGAUGAACCACGAGCUUCGUGAGGCUCGCAAGGCUUUUGAUGAGGUCAAUUUCGCUGAGCUGCCUGAAUAG